CGAGAAAUUGAAUUUUCCGUCUAAAUUCUGUGUUCCUAAAGAUCUUCGCUUCUUCGUCCAAGCGCCCAUUACCCCCAGCAAAGAAAAAAAAAAGACUCGCUUUUUCGUUUUUGACUUUUGUGAUUAUCUCCUCCGCUCAAUUUCUUCAGAUCAGUCGGAUUCCCAAAUCUCAACAAUACGGACGAUCGAUUUUAGGGUUUUGGGCCUCCGAUGAGUGUGUUUUGAUUGCUGAAUCUUCUAGUCGUCGAUCACAUCUGAAGUGCAGACAGAAGGGUGUUUUGAGAUGCACCGGGUUGGAAGUGCCGGGAGCAACGGCGGUUCUGUUCGUUCUCGCAAAGAGAAGAAGCUUACAUAUGUGUUAAAUGAUGCCAAUGACUCAAAGCAUUGUGCUGGCAUAAAUUGUUUGGCUGUAUUAAAGCCUUCUGUUCCCAGUGACAAAAGCUACCUCUUCACUGGAAGCCGCGAUGGUACGCUCAAGAGAUGGGCAUUUGAAGAGGAUGCUGCCUUCUGCUCAGCUACAUUUGAAUCUCACGUUGAUUGGGUAAAUGAUGCUGCUUUGAUUGGCGAAAGCACUCUUGUUUCUUGUUCAUCAGACACUACCGUCAAGACAUGGGAUGGCUUGUCAGAUGGGGUUUGUAAGAGGACUCUGCGUCAGCACUCUGACUAUGUUACUUGCCUUGCAGUUGCGGCAAAAAAUAACAAUGUAGUUGCAUCUGGUGGCCUUGGUGGGGAGGUUUUUAUAUGGGAUAUUGAAGCUGCUUUGUCACCUGUUACAAAAUCUAAUGACGUAUCAGAAGAUAGUUCUCCAAGUGGCGUCAAUGGUUCCGGGAACUCUUUACCAGUUACGAGCUUGCGGACUAUUGGUUCAAGCAACAAUAUUUCUGUGCAGUCAUCUCCAUCCCAGGGUUAUACACCAACAGCUGCCAAAGGCCACAAGGAGUCUGUCUAUGCUUUGACGAUGAAUGAUGCUGGAACAAUUCUUGUCUCUGGUGGAACAGAGAAGGUUUUACGUGUCUGGGACCCGAGAACAGGUUCCAAGACUAUGAAAUUGAGAGGACAUACAGAUAAUGUCAGAGUACUGCUUCUGGACUCGACUGGCAGGUUUUGCUUGUCUGGGUCAUCUGAUUCUAUGAUAAGACUCUGGGAUCUUGGUCAGCAGCGAUGUCUGCACACUUAUGCUGUCCAUACCGAUUCUGUUUGGGCCCUUGCAUGCAACCCAUCGUUUAGUCAUGUUUACAGCGGUGGAAGAGACCAAAGUUUGUACUUGACAGACUUGGCGAAAAGAGAGAGCGUUUUACUGUGCACUAAGGAACACCCAAUUCAGCGUUUGGCUUUGCAAGAUAAUAGUAUUUGGGUUGCUACAACGGACUCUUCUGUUGAUAGAUGGCCUGCUGAAGGACAAAGCCCCCAGAAGGUCUUUCAGCGAGGUGGCUCUUUCUUGGCUGGGAAUUUGUCUUUUAACAGGGCAAGGGUGUCACUGGAAGGAUCGAGUCCUCUCCCCGUCUACAAGCUGCCAUCACUUACCAUUCCAGGAACUCCAGCAAUUGUGCAACAUGAGAUUUUGAAUAAUAAAAGGCAAAUCUUAACUAAGGAUGCUGCUGGCUCAGUGAAACUAUGGGAGAUAACCAGGGGUGUCGUGGUGGAGGACUACGGGAAGAUUUCAUUUGAGGAGAAGAAAGAAAAACUGUUUGAGAUGGUUAGCAUCCCGUCAUGGUUUACUGUGGAUACUAGACUUGGAUGCUUGUCUGUACAUUUGGAGACACCGCAAUGUUUCUCUGCUGAGAUGUACUCAAUGGACCUUAAAGUUACUGGUAGACCUGAAGAUGAUAAGAUUAAUCUAGCUCGUGAGACCCUGAAAGGUCUGCUGGCUCAUUGGUUGGCCAAAAGAAAACAGAGACCGAAAUCACAACCUCCCACCAAUGGAGAUUCUUCGUCUAUUAAAGAUGCAAUGAAAAAUGUUAGCCUGCCCAAAGCUGAAGAUAGUAAUGCUGAUAAUGAUCCAGUGUAUCCUUCUUUCGAGUUUGCUUCUAUCUCCCCUCCUUCCAUCAUUACAGAAGGUUCUCAGGGUGGUCCAUGGAGAAAAAAGAUAACUGAGUUUACUGGAGCUGAGGAUGAUAAGGACUUCCCAUGGUGGUGCUUGGAUGCUGUCUUGAACAAUCGGCUUCCCCCUAGAGAAAACACAAAGUUGAGCUUUUUCCUGCAUCCAUGUGAAGGUACAACUGCACAGGUAGUGACACUGGGGAAACUUAGUGCCCCACGGAUCCUGAGAAUCAAUAAGGUUAUCAAUUAUGUCGUGGAAAAGAUGGUCCUUGACAAACCGUUGGAUAGUCUAGCGGCUGAUGGAACAGGUGUUUUGGGUGGACAGUCACUGCAACUAGCUGCAGGAAAUGGAUCUUUCCAUUCUGGUUUGAAGCCUUGGCAGAAGCUUAGGCCUUCCAUUGAAAUCUUAUGCAAUAAUCAGGUGUUGUCUCCAGAUAUGAGCUUAGCAACUGUACGGGCAUAUAUUUGGAAGAAACCCGAAGACGUAGUCCUUAAUUACAGAGUGGCUGUAGCUAGGUAACUUAAAGAUUUCGCAGGGGGGCAAUUUUGGAGGAUCUAUGGCGUCGGGAACUGGUUGGUUAGUUCGGGGCAAAACCUCAUGGUUCGGGUGCUUUGGACAAAGUAUAAAUCCCUUGAAUCCUUGCAGUAGAUCACCUUUUUAUGAUGAAAGAUGGUUGGUUUGUGUUAUUGGGAGUUCUGGCUGAGGAGAAGGAUUGGCUUGGAUGGACAGUGGAAGUGGAUUUUACCAACAAAGGGUAGAGUUAAUCAGGUAGAUGAUGUUGAAAAACUUUAUUAUUAUUGAGUAAUGUAACAUUUACAUUAUGUCAAAAUCAAAAGCUUUGGGGGAAGAACUUAUUUUGUGGAACACAGUUCUUUGAUUUGUGUUCAGAAGCAAUAACAAUCACAAAAAUAUUGUACAAAA